GAAAAAGUCAAAAGAGCGCCAUGAUGUUGCGGAUGAUGGCGGCACUGGUGAGGCGGCGACGGGUGUCACAUUGUCAUGGGAGUGUGAGAACGGCCCUGUUCUCCAUGAAGAAGACCUCAAGCUCACUUGACAAUACAUUGCAUGAGGAAUGGAGACAGAUGCAAUCGUCCUUGCCUUCGGUCGACGAGGCCCUUCGGAUGUGGGAACGUAGUUGCACCGAAGACGUCGACCUGCUUCCGCAGGUGUGGCGUACGCUUGAAGCACAUUACCCCGAGGGUAUUCCACAGGUGCUGCUCGCAUCAACCCUUGCUGCUUUGUGGUCCAAGCGCAAGUUUACCGAUAUCAUCGCCAUGGCGCCACUAGCAACCGCGUCAACGCUCAGUUCAGACGUCGUGGACUUCGUUGUGCGUGCUCACUGUGCUCAGAACGAUAUUCAAGGCGCGGAAACCUUCCUCGCUGCCUCCUCUCAUGCGUCGAAUAUGACGCUGCAGUCCCGUCUCGUCCUCGCAUAUGCGUCGCAGCGCGACAUUUCGCGCGUCAAGUCCAUCAUCUUACAGCACAUCGUCGAACAGCCCACGCACAUGUGGAACGCGCAGAGCUGCCGCAACGUCAUGAGUGCGUUGGGUCAACUCCGAGAUGUGCCAAGCAUGUUUGAGUUCCUUCGUCGCAUGACCGAUCGAGGAGUCGAGGCCGACUGCUUCAUCGUCGCUUCCCUUCUCGAGGCGUGCGUCGCCACCGCCAACGCCGCCGACGCGACCCGCGUCCUCGCCAACGUUCCCGCGCUCAACCUCGCUCCUCAUCCCACGUUGUGUCAUGCCGUCCUUCGUGCGCACGUGCUCCUGGGACACUUCCAAGCUAUCCCUUCCGUCCUUGAUGAACUGCACAUGCUGCCGCCGCAUCCGUCCACGCCGCGCAUCCUUCGUCACGUCUGUUCUGCGGCCAUUGAAGCCCAGCACUACGACGUCGCUUGCGCGAGUCUGGCCUCUCCCGACCAAUUCCCACACGUCGUCCAACAUGCGUCCCCUCGCGACGUCCCUGCUAUCGUGCAAGCUGUAUCCUCAUGGAAAUCCCUCACGACAGCGCAAUGGACGUCCCUUCUCCACGACGCGUCUCAAGCUGGCCACUUCGACUUGGCGCUGCAACUGUUUUUACUGUGUCCCGCGCCGCCGGAUGCGUCCAUGCUCGCUGCCGUGGAUUAUGCAUGUCAACAUGUCCAUGCUUCGUCCCCCGUCGCGGCCGCGGUGGCGAGCAAGUGCGCCAACCACCUCAAGACCUCCUCGUCCCUCUUGACCAGCACCAGAGUCGCCCUCGUGACCAUCAUUUGCAUCCGUCUGAAUCUCCCGCAUCUCAUCGCCCAAGUGCUCUCGUCGCCGUCGACUGGCAAGCUGGAAUUGCUGGUCACUGGCCUCCAAGUUGCACACAAACGUCGUGACAAACGAGCGCUGCGAACAUUCUACUUGGCCGCGCCGCCCUCUGUCCGCGUCGAUCCCCGCGUCCACCAGAUCUUCCAUGCGUCCAGCGCCGACAUGGACAUGCCGAUCCUGCCGCCGUCGGUAAACAAAGUACUCGGCUUGGUGCAAGCCAAGGACUACCGCAAGGCCAUCGCGCACUUGACCAGACACCCGAUCCACCAUCCAGCAACAUGGGACGCGUUUCUCAGCCACUUGGUGCCUCCCCUCGACCCCGAUCCCCGUUGCGCUGCAACUACACCCGCCGAAUGGUCCUUUGCCAUCGACGCGUGCCUUCUCCACAACCGCAAUGUGCAAGCGAUCGAUCUGUUUGUCGGCCGGAUGCUGUCGACGCCGACACAUCGCUCCGUGUUUGUCCCGAAGCCGACGGCGUUGCUCCAGUUGGAAACGGCCUGCCGUCGACUGAGCGUUGCUGAGCAACGCCAUCUCCACACCACAAAGUUGCUGCAAGUGCUCAUGGACCAGUUUGCCGCGUGUCCGCGCGCAUUUCCCGUGUCCGCGCGCGUGGGGCUCAUGCGCGUCGGACUGCUGCUGAGGUCCCCCCAAUUGACGUUGCUCGUGCUCCCCGAGAAAUGCCAUCAAUGGGAUUUUACCAUGCUCAAGAUGGUCAUCACGGCGGCCAGUGAGACCCACCAGGUCGAAGAAAUGUUUCGGAAAGCACCGGCGUCGUUGCAAAUCAAGUUGCUGCGUGAGUAUCGCCGCCGUGGGCAGUGGAAGGAAGCGCCGGUCAACAUGGACGUCCUCCCGCGCCUGCUGGACGCUGGGGCGUUCGGCGAUGUGCUUCGAUUGCGAACCAUGCUGCCUGUGCAUGUGCAUCACCUGCAGUCGCAUGACAGAUGGAACGAGUUCCUGGAUACGUUGGCGCCGCAGAUACCAUGA